UGAAAAAAAUACAAUCAUUUUUUAAAAUGUAGGACACGUUGGGCCUUAUUUCGGAGAACAUAUAAUUUAUUGAAAACUAAACGAAAUUUUACGUUAUUCAUUUAUUACCAACAUAUAAAUUUUAUACAACUAACAUGGAGGACUGCACGGCAACAAAGCCUUAUAAACAGCGUUUCAAAGGUGUUGAAAAUUUUCUGCGGAGAAUAGCAUUUAAUUUGGGCAAUACUCCAUCUCAGACCGAAGUAAAAGUGAUAUCGUGUAUUCCAAUAGACGUUACAGAUUUACAAGAAAAGAUAAUUAGUUUAGAGAGACAGCUUCACGAGGCUAAAAAACAAAUCCAGGAGGAUGAACCAUUACCUGAGUCUGAAACCUCCAACGGAAAUGAAAUAGUUACGGAUAAAAAUGAGAAGAAUCCUGAUAACAAACAGAUUAAGGGCGACAAACAGGGACCUUCCACAGUCGUAAAUACUGCUUUUGUAAGUCAAUCAAGGACAGUAUCUUAUACCAACAAAAACCCGGCUGGCAAAAUGAGGAUGCAACAAAUAUGUGGAUACUGCGAAGAUUCAGGCUUGCGAGAAGAAAGCACCGUCGGCUGUUUAGAGCCUGCACCAGACUUAAAAGCUUGUGGGUCUCAAGACAAUCACAAUGAAGAAGUUGAAGAUUUAAAUAUAAAUACAAAAAAUGAUGCUUAUAAGAAAAUUUUUCAGCGCCGCAAAAAGAAACAAGUUAUUGCAAGCAAUAGUAAUGUCAAAACUCAGUUUAUAUAUUACGCUCAGGGAAGUCCUGAAAAUCCUUUUCACUUACAGGACAACAUACUGGUCAGCAACGAUAAUGUGAACCAAAUAAAUCAAUUGAGUAAGUCAUACUUAAACAGCGUUCUUCGCAGACAAUAUGAUCCCAAAAUUGUUUUAGAAGAGUUCUCUGAUACCAGUCAGUUUUCAAAACCCUUCUGCAGAGAUGUCAAAGUGAAAAAUAAAUUAAAUCAUCCAUAUAUCUACGAAUCAGAUGAGUGCUCAUGCUGUCAGGGAAAAUUUCAAAAUUUAGACAAAUUUAUAACAAAUUAUUUGACUUUUGACGCUCUUAAUACAAGUGCCUUUAAACAAAGUCAGAACGACCAAAUUUAUUAUGAUUCCAACUUUUAUGACGUAGUACCCGUGAAGGACGACGGCAAUAUAAAUAAUAAACCCGAUAUUUCACAUAAAAAGGAACAUAAGAGGCGUCCCGAUACAAAGUGUUGGCCGGAGAAAUAUCGCAAUAAAUGCAGAUAUCAUCCUUUCAUUGUCAAAAGUCACAAAGAAAAUCGUGCAAAAGCACUAAGUCACAGAAAAGAUAUUGAUGAAGUCCGCGUAAAACGAGACCGCGCUAGGAAAAGAGACAAACGCAACAGUUGUCAAUGUGCAAGAAAUGGUUGUAUUGAAUGUAGUAAUGUUUAUACAAAAUUUGAAAACACCAAAAAUAUGAAGAUGCGAAAGUCUCAUCCCGUAAAAAAAAUUUUGCUGAUAGACGAAAAAGUAGAAACUGAUAUGAAUAUUUUACUGAAGUGUAACAACCAAAGCACCCAGUCCAAACUAUUGCCUGUCGAAGAUAGGACGGAGUCAACGCUGAAUCAAAUAAAAACAAUACUGCAGUCAGUUCUAGAGGAAGUCAAAACAAAUAGCAACGUGAGCACUGUUCCGGAAAUAUCUAAAAAAGAUGCUAUCAUUCAGAAGGAAUCGUCUCAGAACAACUUGGAUAACUCUGCUAUUUUUAAUGACUUCACUUCAAAAAAUUCUUGCAACACUAAUUUAUACUUACCUUCGUGUUCGCGACAAAUGUCUCAAGGUCAAUAUUAUUUCCCUGGCGUUCCCUAUCAACAAACGAAAUGUCUACAAAAUUUUCCGGUUUUCAUCCACCCAGCGUCGAGAAAACCAAUGUGCGGUUGCUACUACAGACAGAGCUCACACAAAACGUCACAUAACAAACAAGCCAUUACAACUACAGCUACUAACACCGAGAAGAAAAAUAUCCCAAAAUCAUGUACUAAUGAAACCGAAAAACUUAUUAAGGAAAUUUAUAAGUCCGUGACUUUGAACAUGGACUACCCGAUAAAAGAAAACUCGUUAAGCGACUACGAAGAUCUGAAACCGAUCACAAUUGAUUCAGUUCACGAACGUCCUGAGGAGAAGAAUACCAACAAAGUAGAUGCCUCACCUCGACGAGAUAUGGAAGUGGAAGCGCUGCUGUCACCACUGAUAUCAAACACGAACGAGCGGAAAUAUGUAUACACAGCGACGAGUACACAGUUCCAAAACGAGAGACUCGGCAGCAGCCUAAGUGUAAGUUACACAACAGCUGGACAUGAGAACCGUGACGAUACGGACGAUCGCGAAGCCAUGAAGCAAAGCCGCCACACCAUCGACUACGAGGAAGAUGAAAGCGAUGAGUUCAGCGAUGAGACGGAAACUGAUGAAACAAUAGUUCCCAGCUUGAACAAACAGAAUAAAUCGGAGAAAAGAGGCUUCAUUCAGAGAAUGUUUAAUUCCGUCAAAUUAUUCAAAAAACGAAAAGAUACUCAAAGAAAUGCAACUCAAGUAGAGGUUACAGAAAACAGCGACUCUGACGAAACACAGACAGUAUGCAGCGUCAGAACUAAAGGUAGAAAGAGGAACAUGGCUCAGAUGACCAGAGAACAGUACCUCAAAAACGCUGGACCACUAGACCAGAAAUAUAGUCGCCGCCGAGCGCCGUACCUAGAACAAGAAUAUAGAAGACAAUGGAAUGAAGGUCUCAUGUUCUACGAGCCACAUGAACGAUAUCCUGCCGCCGAGCCCUACUCCAAGCUGUCCGCCUCGCACCCGCGGCCAAGCCCGGUAUUUUGGAGAGAUUAUGAAGCCAGAACUGCUCUCGUCGAGCAUACGCAAAAUGUUAACGGCAAGAUCGAGCAAGGGACUUCGUCGCCGACCUGCCAGGGGAGGGAGGACGACAAGACUAGCAAACUGGACUGGAUCAAACGACACAAGCUCGGCCUCCGCUGCGGAGAACAGUGGAAGAAGUUGAUCCUAGAAAAUUAGUACUGAACCCGGAAUGCGUUUGUUCGGUUACUACAAGAUUGUUUUGCGUUAGGAAGUUUAGUGAGUUGUUGUGAAAUAAAAUUCAAGUGACGCUUA